AUGCUGUCUGUUCACAUAUCGGAUUAUGGCACCCCCGAAAAGUACGACGUGGGUGAACUUGCUGAACCGACGGUGGAAAGUCCACAGGAUGUGGUGAUCAAAGUCCAUGCGGCCAGUAUUAAUCCUAUCGAUGUGAAAAAGGCAUCGGGCGCUUCGAAGAUCGUGCUCAAGGAUAGCUUCCCUUAUAAAAUCGGCUAUGACUGCGCUGGAACAGUAGUCCAAGUUGGAUCUCAAGUCUCUCGAGUAAAAGUCGGCGACGAAGUCUAUACUCGACUUCCUGAAUGUCACCGAGGCGCGUGGAGUGAGCUGGCCAAGACCACAGAAGAUUUUGUCGCCUUGAAACCACUCUCGUUAUCCAUGGAAGAUGCCGCGUCUAUUCCGCUGGCUGCCAUGACUGCUCUGCAGGCUCUGCGCAGGUACUCAGGGGACCUGGCAGGGAAAACCGUGUUUGUCCCAGCUGGAUGUAUGGCUUCCCAUGACCACCCCCCUUACUCUUCCACUUCUCCCAAGUAUCAUGGUCAAAAGGCUAAUCAUCUUGAAUGGGCUAUAGUAAGUGGGACGGGUCUCUUUGCUUGUCAACUAGCCAAGAAGAUAUUCAACGCCGGCAAAGUGAUCACAACCGUAUCAACGGCCAAAGUGGCUCGGGUCAACGAGUUUCUCGGUGAAGGUGUCGUGGACGAAAUCAUCGAUUACACAAAAUCUGAUCCCAAAUCGGUCAUCGCCCCGCAGUCCGUCGACUUUCUCUUUGACACCAUGGGUGAUUCCAUGAAUUAUCUCUCUUUAAUGCGUCCCACAGGAGCCAUCGUCACCAUUUCCAUUCUGACCUCGGGAGACGUUCUCCAAAAUUCGGGUCUGAUGCGGCGCUCCCCCGACAAAAACGACAGGGCGACGGUCCCGUUCCCCGUCCGGGUUACGCUCAACAUGUUGGAUCGGAUACGGACCUUCCGUGCGUCACGCUACGGGGUUGAGUAUUCGGCUAUCUUUCUUGAACCGAAUGCGCAGGAUUUGGAUUCUCUGCAGGAGUGGAUUGAUGCUGGAAAACUAAGGACGGUGGUGGGGACUACGGUGUCGGUCAAGGAUGUGGAAGCGGUACGGCAGGCAUGUCAGGUGGUGUAUGAUUCCAAGGGAGGGAUUGGCAAAUCUGUCAUUGUGUUUGCAUAG